AUGUCAUCCUUUUACCAUCAACAAUACGUUAACAGCCCCAUUUAUGGAUACAACUCUAGUUCUGCUCGUGGAUUGAAUCCCGACGGGAUGGUGUAUCAGUCGCUACCCCCGAAUUCGCACAUGGCCUAUCAAAAUGAACAGCGUUCUGUGUGGCCCAAUCAAGCAUAUCACAGCAACAGUAAUGUGGGAUACAUGGACCAGCGGCAGAUAGGAAAUGGACGCCAAGCGGGAUCGAUUGAACCACCCUCGUUUGGCGUUGCUUCGAAUGAAUUGGAAAACAGUUCCAGUCAUCUUUCAACAGAAGGGUCAGGCUAUUCCAGUGGGCCAAGGAAUCCCCAAUAUAUCUCGGUAGCAGCUGCUGCUGCAGCUGCUAAUGCCCCUCUCUCGCACAGUUCUUUACAGCCAAGCAACGCUAGAGAUUUUUCAACUGCGCCUAGCAGGACCGUCUAUUUGGGUAAUGUUCCACCUACGAUCGAAGCAAGACAAUUAUUAGAUCAUGUCCGCAGUGGAGUUGUUGAAAACGUCAGGAUACUGCGAGAAAAAAUGUGUGCCUUUGUUUCAUUUCUGGAUGAAAGUUCAGCUUUGCUAUUCCAUUCCGAUGCUAUUCUUAAACGGUUGAAAAUAGAUGGAAGAGACAUAAAAAUUGGGUGGGGUAAACCCACACCUAUCGAUCCACUUGUAACAAGCGCUGUGGCCAAUGACGGCGCCACCCGGAAUGUCUACAUUGGUCGCUUGAAAACAGAUCCACAACAGGUAUCCGACUAUGAUGCAUCUUCGAAUGAACCUCUUGUCACCGAGGACAAACUAAGGGAGGACUUGGGAUGUUUUGGAGAAAUUGAAUCUGUUAAGAUAAUCACAGAUAAAGGAAUAGCAUUUGUUCAUUUUACCUCCAUCUACUGCGCGAUGAAAGCUGUUACCAGCUUAGCGUCAGUGAACCCAUUAUAUGCUAAUAAAAAGGUAUUUUACGGUAAGGACAGAUGUGCCUUCAUUACUAAAACUCAACAGCAUAAUGCAGCUCAAUUCUUGGGGUUGCAACCAGGCAUGGAACAUUUAGUUCAAUACACUGAUAGAGAAUUCAUUUCAAAUACGCUGCUGCAACAGUCGGCAGCAGCAGCAGCAAUUGCUACCGCGGCUGGUGGUGCCAAUAAUUUAGGGAACCGGACCGUUUAUCUUGGCAAUUUACCUAAAGAUGUCAGGAUCGAGGAAAUUUGCAAUGCCGUGAGGGGAGGACUCUUGCAAAAUAUCAAGCUUCUCUCAGAUCGGCACGUUUGCUUUGUCACUUUUAUUGAUCCAACAGCGGCCGCGCAGCUGUAUGCUAUGACAUCCCUCCAUGGGCUAACCAUCCACAACAAGCGAUGCAAGAUUGGUUGGGGCAAACAUUCAGGUGCGUUGUCAAACGCAUUAGCCCUUGCUGUCAGUCAAGGCGCUUCCAGAAACAUUUACAUUGGUAACAUUGAUUUUGAGAAAGAUAGUCAACGCGAACAGCCCACUUUUGCCGAGGAGAAGCUUCGCAACAUUUUCAUGGACUUUGGGGAUGUGGAACAAAUCAAUUUUCUGCCGGAACGUAACUGCUGCUUUGUGAAUUUCACCAACAUCAGCAAUGCGAUUCUGGCCAUUGAUAAAAUCAAAGCACAUCCUGAAUUCGAAGGCUUGAAAAUUAAUUUCGGUAAGGACAGAUGUGGGAAUGUCCCACGCCAGUAUCAUUAA